AUGCUUUCUAGUCUAUCAACCCUGUCAUUGAGUUCUAGCACCAGCAUUAGUUCUGUUUCUAGUUUCAGGAUAAGCUCCAGCACCAGUUUCAGUUCUAGCAUUAGCUCUAGUUCAAGUUCUAGCAUUAACUCUAGUUCAAGUUCUAGCAUUAGUUCAAGUUCCGGUUCUAGAGUUGGUUCUAGUUACAGCUCUAGCAUUAGCUCAAGUUCCAGUUCUAGUUCAAAUUCUAAUCCAACUACCAGUUCUGGUUCUACUUCUUCAACCCCCUCUACAUCUUCAGUUUCUGUCUCUACGUCGACUUCCAGCUUUUUCUCUUCUCCAUUCGUUCCCUUCACUUCGUCUUCACCUCCCCUGUCUAUUCCCGACGUUUCAACAUCCGUUUCUUCCCCCGACUUUUCUUCUCUUCCUUCUACCGUGGAAUAUUCUUCAACUCCUUCGGAAUUGUCUUCAACUCUUUCGUCUUCCAAACUUACCUCAAGCGAGGUCACAUCUACUCCAGAGUCAACAUAUUUAUCAACCCUAUCUUCUACUACAAUCUCGACUAUUACUUGUCACGAUUCAACAUGCGAACCUGUCCUGACUGACCUUGCUUGUACGUCUGCCGAUUGUGGAGUUCAAAAGCAUCCAGAAAUCAGUCCUUCUACUCCUCAACAGAUCUCCACAUCUGAUAUGUCUAGCGAGGAUAUUACUUCCAGCUCUACUUUAACAUCUGGAACUAGUCCAGAGGAAGCAUUAAGUGUUUCCACAACCGCAAUACCUUUUCCUUCGCUUUCGUCUGACUUCGAAUCAACUUCUGACUUUGAAUCAACUUCUGACUUUGAGUCAACGUCUGACUUUGAGUCAACGUCUGACUUCGAAUCAACUUCUGACGUCCCUUCGACUUCUCAAUCAGAGUCCACAUCUGAAUUUCCUCCAGAGGGCUCACUUUCCUCAAUUCCUUAUGUUUCAUAUUCUAUUUCACCACCUACGUUUCACUUCUCCGGAAAACUCGCAAUCAAUUCCUCCUACCCUCGGGUGUGCACAUCCUGUUUUACAAGCAGCUUUGGUUACCUCGACACUACUGACUACAGAGUCGCUUCUGACUGUCUCUUCUGCUUUCGUCCUGACAUACGUCGGCGCGGCAAACAAGGUAUUGCCCAUCGCAGGUUCUGUUUCAUCCACUGCGGUUUAUCAGAUUCAGGUUUUACUCGGAAUUGUUAUCGCCGUGGUGAUCAUCCUUUGAAUUCAACGUCCAUUCGCUUUAUAAAUAUACGUUCGUUUUAG